AUGAAAUUUCGCUCAGUUUUUAAACCAUACCAGAAGGUAUGUGUUGAUGAGAGUAUAGUUGAGUGGAAAGGGAGACUUAAGUUCAAACAAUACAUACCUUCUAAGAGGCAUCGUUUCGGAAUCAAAUUAUUUGUCCUUUGUGAUUGCAAAACAGGUUAUGUUUUGGAUUAUUUAGUUUAUACAGGUGAUAACAAACAUAUAAAUUUUAAUGAAUCAUUGAAACAGUCAGGUUCAGUUAUAACAACUUUGAUGGAACCAUAUUUAAAUAAAGGUCAUAUUAUUUAUAUGGACAAUUGGUAUUCUUCUCCAUUACUGUACCAAUAUUUGUCAGAACAUAACACUGGUGCCUGUGGUACAGUUAGGAAUAAUAGAAAAGGUAUUCCCAUGUUCCCAACAAAAUUAGCUCCUGGUCAAUGUAUAUCUGCUAUAACAAAAGGCAUGAUGACUUGUAAAUGGAAGGACAAAAGAGAUGUCCAUAUGCUUUCAACUGUACACGACACAAAUAUGUCAGUGACUAAUAAAACUGACCGUGUAGGAAAUAAAAUUAAAAAACCUGACUGCAUAUUAGAUUACAAUGUAAAUAUGGGUCUCAUUGAUAAAUCUGAUAUGCAGAUGUCAUUCAAUAAUACAGCCAGAAGGUCUAUAAAAUGGUAUAAAAAGUUUUUUUUUUCAUCUGCUUGA